AUGAGUGCUUCUUUUCUCAAAACAUUUUAUAUCUUUCUCUUGCUUUCAUUGCUUACCCCAGGAAUUAAUUUCACAUUCAACAACUCAAGUGAAAUUGGUGAACCGAAGUGCACAGAGACAGAGAGGAAAGCACUUCUCACUUUUAAACAAAGCCUCGUAUAUGAUUUUGUCAUGCUCUCCACUUGGACCAACCAUCUCAAUAAUACAGAUUGCUGCAAAUGGAAACGAAUUCAAUGCAACCACCAAACUGGUCAUGUACAUCUGCUUGAUCUUCAUGGAAACUACCCAUAUACACCAUAUUUAAGAGGAGCAAUCAAUGUUACUUCAUUGAUUAACUUGCCAUAUAUUCAACAUCUGAAUCUCAGCCGUAAUUAUUUUGCAAUGAGUUACAUCCCAGAGUUUCUGAGCUCCAUCACCAACUUAAGAUAUCUCGAUCUCUCCCAUUCUUAUUUUGCGGGGUGGAUUCCUUCUACACUUGGAAAUCUCUUACAACUACACUAUCUAGAUCUUGGGCAGAAAAAAGAGCUGGAAAAUGCAUCAAUAGAGUUGUCUCUCAUAUAUUCAAAGGUCUCUUACAAAGCGAUGAAGCAUGGAAUUUAUAGUAAAUCCAAGCUUUCCUAUGGCAUGUACAAGCAAGGCUGA